UGGCAUAACGGGGCCAGGGCUGCCAUACCUCAGCGAGGCACUUCUGGAGAAGAUGGGCAUUUUACCCCUGGGCUCACGCCUGCAGGUCCUGCACUGUCUUCAGAAGCUCUGGCAGCUCUCAGAUGAGUCCAUGAAGGUGUUCAAUGACCCCAUCCAUGGCCACAUCGAGCUGCACCCACUGCUGCUGCGCUUCAUCGACACGCCUCAGUUCCAGAGGUUGCGCCACAUCAAGCAGCUGGGAGGAACAUACCUGGUGUUCCCCGGGGCGUCCCACAACCGCUUCGAGCACUCCGUCGGGGUGGGAUAUCUGGCCGGAUGUCUGGUCCAGGCACUCAAUGAAAGACAGCCGGAGCUCCUCAUAACGAAGCAGGAUGUGCUGUGUGUGCAGAUCGCAGGCCUGUGCCAUGACUUGGGUGAGUGACUCUCAUGUUCAGAGACACUGGGGUUCCUCACAUUCAGAUUCACAUGCGUCACAUCUUUGUUCUGAGAAGAGAAGCUGUUAGUCACAGCACAUCCACACCCCAAGUGACUCAGUCGAUUAAUUUAAAAGAACAUCUUAA